GCUCGAACCUGCUGUUUGAACACUAUAAAGGCAUAAUUCACAGUACAAUUCUUUCAUCAUCUUUAUCUAUAAUAAUAUUGAUAAUUUUCGUCAAUCUGCUUGCCAAAAUAUCUAGCACAGACAUGUCGAACUGUGGAUUGUUCCUACUAUAAAGUCGAAUUUACCUCUAUUGUAAAUGUUUAGCGUUCCUAUUUUGGUCAAUAUCGUUGAUAUAAAAAGAACAGCACCACUUGAGAGCAUGACAAUAUGAACCUUUGAACUCGAAUUGUGGUACUUUACUGAUUGCACCUCGUUAUACUUUAAAUAUUGGUACAACUUUUUUUCCUAGUUAUCGUUAGAAUGCAUUUUUUCCCUAUCAUCUGUGAUGACUUUUUUCAAGUUAAGGAAAAGCAAGCAUAAGGGUAAAAAAGAGAAAUCUAGUGCCGAUAUUAUAUGCAAAUUUUGUGAACAAAAAGACCCUGCUGGCCUAAUAAACUACCUAAAUAAAACUAAGGCGAGUGUCAAUGUUUGUGAUAAAUAUGGCCGCUACCCUAUCCAUAUAGCAGCAAAAAGUGCCAUGAUAGAACUUGUAGAUAUACUGCUUAAGGCAGGAUCUUGGAAAAAUGUUGCAGAAGAAAACACUAGGCGCUGGAAUGUACUUCACUAUGCUAUAGCGAGCCGGUCAUUAGAAAUGGUUUACAAGGUUGUAUGUUUUUCGGAUUUGAUAUCCAAUUACAGAGGGUUGAUAACUCAUCAAGAUGCAGUAAUGGCGGAUCAAAAUACCCCUCUUCAUUAUUAUUGUAGUUCAUUUCGUGAUAAUUACAAGAAUUGCGUUGGUUUGAUUAUUAAUUCUGGUACCGAUGUAAACAGUCAAAAUAUCUGUCUCGCGUGUGUACUCAAUGCCGCCAGUCGAUUGGGUUCUUUAGAAAUUGUUCAAUUACUUUUAGAUAACAAUGCAAAGCCUAACAUAUCUAACAAACAAGGUGAAACAGCCAUUCACUUUGCUGCGCGGAGUGAUUCUUUGGAGAUUAUAAAGUUGUUAUUGAACUAUGGCGCUAAGAAGAUGGUGAGGGGUCAAUAUGGAUACCCUGUUGAUGUAGCUGUUUCUCCAUCGGCUAAAAAAAUGUUAUCAAUCGACUUCACACCUAGCGAGUCACUGGCUACUACUAAUUCAUGCCAACUUCCAUUAUCUAGUGGAGUUCACGUUAUAAAAAAGGAAGAGAUAUGUAUGGGACCUAAGGUUUCCAUGGGUGGAUUCAGCGACCUGUAUAAAUGUGUCUGGCGGGGUAUUGAUGUAGCUGUUAAAAAGAGUAGGCUUUCAUCUGAUGGAGAUCCAGUUCAAUUCUUUGCAGAAGUUGAAAUUAUGAGCAAACUUCGGCACAAUAAUAUUCUCCUUAUCUUCGGUGCAUAUUUUAAUCCUCCAGAUAUUUGUCUCGUUACUGAGUUUAUGAAAGGCGGCUCUCUAUAUGACUAUUUAAGAAAAAAAAAAACAUCCAUUUGAAGUGAAGAUAAAUAUAGCUAUUGAGGCAGCUAAAGGUCUGGCUUAUUUGCAUAGUCAGAAUCCGCCUAUUAUUCAUCGCGAUCUGAAGACCAGAAAUGUGUUAGUUGAUGAAAAUAAUCACGUUAAGCUGGCUGAUUUUGGUCUUUCCGUUAUAGAUAAAGGAGAGCGUACAAGUGCAUUUGGAACGUUGGCAUCUAUGCCACCAGAGACGCUAGAACACCAAGUUUAUGAUGAGAAAUCUGAUGUAUAUGCAUUUGGACUUAUACUUUGGGAAAUUGCUACUGAUCGGGGACCAUUUGAGGGACUAAGUAGUAUAGAAGUUAUAAAGGCGAUUGAAGAAAAAAAUAUUUCAGUUCUCAAGGGUUUUAACCCAGAUUUCGAAUCUCUAACUUACAGCUGCGUAUCUAUAGACCCAUCUAGUCGUCCU